GCGCGGUGGCAGCCAUUUUGGAGCAGAGAUAGCGGGGUUUGUUGGACGGUGGUUCCCGCCGGGAAAGUCGCUUCAUUUCACUUCAGUUUCCCUUUCCCCACCCUCAACCAGCGCCAUGUCCGAGAAAUACGGAGGCGACGUGCACCUGGAGGAGACUGGCGAAGAGAAACAGGACUCGCAAGAGAAGGAAGCUGUUACUCCAGAAAAAGUGGAGGAGCAGAAAUUGAAGGCCAAGUACCCCAAUUUAGGACAGAAGCCAGGUGGAUCUGACUUCCUGAUGAAGAGGCUUCAGAAAGGGCAAAAGUAUUUUGACUCGGGAGACUAUAACAUGGCCAAGGCCAAAAUGAAGAACAAGCAGCUACCGUGUGCCGGGCCAGACAAAAACCUUGUAACGGGAGACCACAUCCCCACCCCACAGGACCUCCCGCAGAGGAAGUCCUCACUCGUCACCAGCAAGCUGGCAGGGUAGCUCGGCUUUCUCCGCCGCCGCCACCGCUCCAAAAUCGGACCUUUCCGCAGCAAACUGUACCAUAGAGCUGGGAUGGCUGGACUGUAACCUAAACGCAUCACCCUGUCAGCGCUGGAAGGGCCGGUGCCGCGCUAACAUGCAGCACUCGCUCUUCUAUCUUGGACAGAGUUAACCUCCAAGCAAGCCAGCGAUAUGCCGUGUGAAUGGGGAAUUGCAGUGGGUGGUGGACACGCGUGCUAAGCUCAGAGAGCAAGAGGAAUUUGCUCGGCUGAUUUACUGUUACAUAGUGUAAAAUACUAUUGUGGGUUUAGCAUUCCUUGUGUGUGCGUGCGCGCAGAGGCAUGAUGAAAAUUAGCGGCCAUUGUGAGGAUAUCAGCGGUGUUGCUGCGAAGAGCCAUGAACGUGGUCCGUCUCACUGAUCGAUCCCAGCCACCCUAUUUACUCCUCUUCUGCUUGAUGUCGUCGCGUGGUGAAAGCCCGUGCCUCUGUGCCACCUACAAACAUGCAUUUCUCCCCAACCCUCACAGGGGCUUCUUGGAAAUCUAGUGGAUCCUUUCCACUGUGCAAGAUCAUGAUCGACCUGUAACCCUUUCCUCCUGUAUUAUAAUAGAGCUGUAAAUGAAUCCAAGCAUAGUUGCGAUUUCAAAGUGGCAUUUUCUGGGUUGGUUCCAGGUUCUCAUCGGAUAUGUCAGUCCAUGAAAUGUGACUUAAGCGUUAAGUUUGGGAUCUGAUUCUGUUUCAUCUGAUUCAUGUUUCAAAGUUAUGCAUGAUCCUAAUUUGCCUGCAUUUGCUAAAGGUCCAUGACAAAGUUUGACAAUCUAGAACUUGGAUUAUAAACCCAUUAUGGCUUUUUGCCUAGAAAAGGUUCAUCCAUAAUUCUUGAUCAUUGCGGCAGAAGUUCAUCUGCUCCAUUAAAGCCCCAACCCUAGCAGCCUUUUUAUUUUUCAUUUUAUGAUAUCAGGUCGGCUGAGUGUGAUAAGCUUUGUAUCCCAGCAGUGGCUGGAGUAAUGUCAGCUGCCCCUGGACCGGUUGUGGCAAUACACACAAGUUUAAUUCUUUCUAAAAUUUGGAUUUUAUCUAUAAUAACGCCCCUCGUGUUCGGCGCCUGCUGUUGAAAACACAGCAACAUUUAUCUUAAUUUUUUAUUAUAUUUUCCCAAUAUUUCCGAAUAAAGGGAAUGUUUUGGGAAGUGGGAGAACAUUCCACGUCCAGCUUUUAUUUUCUUAUUGUCCAUUUUAAAGAAUACAAAACAUAAGAAGACAGAA